CGUCACGGAUUGGGCGUGGCCAACUGUCAGUGCGAGAACUGGGCAGGCGUGGAGCGAGAGCUGUGUCAGGCGCAGUGGGCGGAGCAGUCGGGCGCUGAGCCCGGUGUUAUGGCGGCGGCUGCGGGCACUGUGAAUGAAUUCUCCGGGUGGCAGAGGACACAAGAAGAAACCGGUGACCCCAGCGGCAAACAACGGACCCGGGGCCCCAGCACCGCCCUCUCGCUCGGAGUCUCCGGUACAGGGCGCCCCGCCUUCUCUUCAUAAGCGGAACCUGUUCGUGUUUUCCUAUCCCUUGCUCGCCGCCUUCUCUCUCCUCCGGUUUCUCGCCUUCCAGCUCGGCCUGCUCUUCGCCUGGUGCUGUGAACGCCUCUCCCGGAGGGUCAUGACGGACAAGAAGCUGCCCGCGGCCCGGACACUGAGUGAGACACGGAUGGCUGGGCCGCAGGAGCCGGAGGUGGUGCGGGGAUACCACCAGCAGGCCUUCCACUACAUCUCUAUGGCUCUCCGGAUAGACGAGCAGGAGAGAGAUCAAAAGGAACAAGCUAUUGAAUGCUACAAAAAAGGUAUUCGAGAGCUCGAGAAAGGAAUUGCAGUGCAAGUUAGUGGACAAGGGGAGCAGUAUGACCGAGCGCGACGUCUACAAGCAAAAAUGACAACAAACUUGCUCAUGGCAAAGGAUCGCUUACAGUUAUUGGCUACUCUGCAAGCAGAUAUGCAAGGUCAGAACAAGCAAAUGGAGGUGUGUAGUGACAGUACUAACCUACCUUGCCGCAAUGGACAUCUCAAGCCAGAAAAAGGUGCAGUUCCAAAAAAGAGAGACCCUGCCGCUGUUACCAGCAACUUUGUCCCAAGGGCAAAAGUCACCCCCAAAGCUAUGUCCCCUGGUAUUUCCAGUGCACCUAGGAUACCAAACUGUACUACUUCAUCCUCUUCUGUUAAUAGACAAACUGGUUCAAAUCUUCCAGCUCAUAGGGGAACUGGAGUUAAACAUGCUAGACCAAACAAUAAACCAACAACGCCAACUACAGGUCUCAGGAAAAAAGAUAUGAAGAAUUUAAAAAAUGUUGACAGCAACCUUGCGAACCUGAUCUUGAAUGAAAUUGUUGACAAUGGGCCCUCUGUGAAGUUUGCUGACGUUGCGGGACAGGAGCUUUCUAAGCAGGCCUUACAGGAAAUUGUUAUACUUCCAUCUAUUCGUCCAGAGUUGUUCACUGGGCUUAGAGCACCUGCUCGUGGACUUUUACUGUUUGGUCCUCCAGGAAAUGGAAAAACAAUGCUGGCGAAGGCGGUGGCAGCUGAAUCAAAUGCAACCUUUUUUAAUAUAAGUGCAGCUAGUCUCACCUCUAAAUAUGUAGGAGAAGGUGAAAAACUAGUGCGAGCACUCUUUUCUGUGGCUAGAGAACUACAGCCAUCCAUUAUUUUUAUAGAUGAAGUGGAUAGCCUUUUAUGUGAAAGGCGAGAAGGAGAACAUGAUGCAAGCAGGCGAUUAAAAACUGAAUUUUUAAUAGAAUUUGAUGGUGUACAGUCAGGAGGGGAUGACAGAGUUCUUGUUAUGGGAGCAACUAACAGACCUCAGGAGCUGGAUGAAGCAGUUCUCAGGAGAUUUACGAAAAGGGUUUAUGUCUCCUUACCAAAUGAAGAGACAAGACUGGUACUUUUGCAGAAUCUCUUAAGUAAGCAAGGAAACCCACUUACACAGAAAGAGCUGGCACAGUUGGCUAGGCUGACUGAAGGAUACUCUGGAAGUGAUAUAACAGCACUGGCAAAAGAUGCAGCUCUUGGACCCAUAAGAGAGCUAAAGCCUGAGCAGGUGAAAAAUAUGUCUGCAAGUGAGAUGCGGAACAUCAAAUUUUCUGACUUCCAGAAUUCCUUGAAGAAGAUAAAGUGCAGUGUGAGUGGUGCUACACUGGAGUCUUAUAUCCGAUGGAAUAAAGAAUUUGGUGACACUACAGUAUGAAAGCCAGAACUGUGUUUUUGCUUUGUCGAAGAGUUCAUAGACCAGCUUGCUCAUUGUCAAGCUUGACAGUGGAAGCCUUUGGCAAUGUGUACAUUUUCAAAAGGAAAUGAAAGAAGAAUAAUAAAUUAAAAAGCAAACCCUGAAUCGCGUGCACUAAAACUCUAACGAUGAAAAUGAUAACUUUGGGAAUAUUAACAAGACUUUUUUUAACUGUAGAUUGCAGUUUAAUUCAUAUGGUAUUUCUUAUUGGCUUGAAUGAGCUGAAAGAAGAAAUCUCCAUGUGUGCAGAAGUGAUAUUUACAUGGGUAGUGGCAACCUUCCUGUGAAAUGAUGAGCUCGUGCGCAGAGGAAUUGCAUAGUGGAAGACCUGUGCCUUGAGUUCACAUUCUUCUGUGCCUGCCCUCCUUUUUAAUAAUCCGAUACCUUAUACACUCCUGGUUGUUUACGAACUGUGACUUUUUUGUAAAUGUUCAUUAGUUGGGAAAGAAGAGACCAUGGGUCAAGGUUUUGGUUUACAACAGUAGUACUUCUUACGAUCAUGUGCCAAAAGGAACAGUUUUGGUGGCACAACAUACCAAGAGGAAUAAUAGCACAUGAAAAAGAAUCUGAAGCAGCUGGCUUGCUUUGUCAACAUCACUAAGUGGUGUGGUCCUCUUUUGUAAUGUGAGUCUUCAAACAAAAGCAUUUGUUACAGUGUUACAGUAAUUCUGGCAUCUCGAAUACCGUUCUUGAGAAUGUAUCCACCAAAUAUAUGAAGAAUGGUGCUAGAUCAGUUCUUCAGACAACACUUUUAAGAAUAUUUUUUCUUGUUUCCUUUGCUUGCCCAUUAAACCUGCUCCGAGACUUCAAGAUGACCAUUUCAAUUUGCAAUAUAGUUGUAUUAAACAUCUUACUCUUAGAAUAUAAAUGCUGUUUGAGAAUGCAAUGUGCUAAACUGCAGACUUAAUAUUGACACAACUGAUUUGGUGUUUUCAGGAUUUUUUUAUUGAAUUGAAGAGGAAAUGUUUAGAAAAGUACUUACUAAGAAAUAUUUUCCUUUAAUCUCUGUAUCGAAGUCCAGCCACAAGGAUGAUAAACAUUGUAUUUCUUUUUUAAAUUUGUCUCAACAAAAUAAUACCCUGCCACCAUUUGAAUCAAUAUAAAUUCUCUUAUUUAUGUUUAUUUUUUUUUUCUUUGGGUUUGAGGAAUGUCUUUUGUCUGUUAAAUUUAAUAUAUGUAAACUAUGUUAAAACUAAUGUUUGUCAAUUGUAGUGAUCUAUAAUCUGCCCAAGUGGUCAAAUGUUAAAUGAAGAGGAUUCACAAUAAAAAUCGGAUGGGCAAAGUGUGUUUUCUGUAUUCCACU